UUUUUUUUUUAAGGAGUUAUUAAGGGUGGUGUUAGCGCACCGCUAAAUCAUAAUUGUUAAAAUCUAUUAAUCGCGCAUGUACUACACAUAUUUGGUAUAUUCUGGGCACUUUUACCAGCAAGGUAAAAGCAGAGACAAUUGACUAGCAAUCGGGUUAAGAACGACGUGAGUGCCGGAUCUAACAAUUUUACGAAACCUAAAAUAAGGACCUUUUAAUUUGUAUUUGGUUGUGAGAGCAAGGCUUAUGAAGUUGGUAGUUAUAUAAAGGGACGUCCCUAUCUACAGUGAAGACAGAAGACCAUUGAUUUUUUGCCGCUGAAACUACGCCUAGGCCAAAGCUGUCUCGGACCAUUGACGGAAAACAUGUGAGAUUAGUUAAACGUGAUUAUUCGGGAUCACAAUUUUAUAGGUAUCUACUAAAAGGCUGCCUAGUCACUACUGGUUAUUAAUUUUUCGUAUUUUGUCACGAAUCAUCAUAAAAAGCUUAUCAAGUUGGCUCGGCAUUAAUAGAUUUUCUCCGUCUGAUACACAAAUUAUAUUUAUGGAGAAAAGUUAGAAACUCUAAUGAAGCUUUCUUGGAAUAUUUUAUUCUUCGCCAUUUUGGAAGUUAUAAAUUCAACCAAAACAGGUCUUAAAUGGGUUAGGGUAAAUGUACCCCAAUUCAGAGUACCAGGAGAAACGGCUCAAUUACAGUGUGAAUUCGACUUAGGAAAUGACACUCUUUAUUCUGUUAAGUGGUAUAAAGAUCACGAGGAAUUUUAUCGGUAUUUACCGAAAACUAGGCCCCAGUCAACUUCUUACAGGGUAGAAGGAGUUCAAGUUGAUAUGCAAAAGUCAAGCAGCAAGAAAGUAGUGCUGCAUUCGGUCAAUUGGAAGACUAGUGGUAUUUACAAAUGUGAAGUGUCUGCAGAGGCGCCAUCUUUUUCCAGUGCUCAAAGUGAAGCAAAAAUGGAAAUAGUAUCUCUACCUGAAGAGGAUCCAAUAAUUACGGGAGUCAAAGAUGAGUACAGCAUAGGAGAUGAAAUAAAUUUAAACUGUACUUCAGGGAAAAGUAGGCCUGCAUCAAUGUUACAUUGGUAUAUAAAUGAACAACAGAUACAAAAACCUGAAGCUUUAAUACAGUAUCCCAUUGAACACCAUACAAAAGGAUUAGUUACUACUACCCUUGGGCUAAAGGUUACUUUAAAUAGUCGUCAUUUUUUGGGCGGUUCAAUGCGUGUCAAGUGCGUAGCAUCAUUAAUGCCUACACUUUUUGGAGAAGACAGAGAAUCAGAAGUUCAAAGUCUGCCUAUUAUGAGAGAUACUAGAGAGGCGCUUCUACUGGUAAAAAGUGCAUCGACUUGCCACAUAUCAUCAGUGUUAGUCUUUAUUUUAACAUUUCUUAACGUAUUGUUUUAUCAUAAAAUUUUAAAUGUAAAUAUAUUUAUGUAAUUUGAA